GUAUGGGAAGGUGACGUAAGAUUCACCAUGGCCGCCGUCGGCUGCUGGACGCAUAGGCAGAACUCCAAAUCAAUAUAUAUAUUAUUUUCUUCGCAAAAGAUGACGCCUUUUAAGCUAUUGUGGUCUUUUAUUCUCUUUAUUUUUACUGUUAAUCACUGUAUCGCUGACGACGACCACGAAAUGGAGGAGUUCUUGAAACGGGAGUAUUCUCUCACCAAGCCCUAUCAAGCCGUGGGGUCUUUAAGCUCAUCCCACUGGGAACUGAUGGGCGAUGCCAUGGUAACCACUGAGCAGGUGCGACUCACACCUGACAUGCAAAGCAGACAGGGGGCAGUAUGGAGCAAACUUCCUUGCCAUCUGACGGACUGGGAGAUGCAGGUGCACUUCAAGAUUCACGGGAAAGGAAAGAAGAAUCUCAAUGGUGACGGCUUGGCUAUUUGGUAUACGAAGGAGCGCAUGCAGAAAGGUCCUGUUUUUGGGAAUAAGGACAACUUUACUGGUUUGGGAGUUUUUGUAGACUCAUAUCCCAAUGAGGAGAAACAGUUGGAGGCACAAAAGAAGAGAUACAGUCCAAGCACACAGAGGAUCUUCCCCUUCGUUCUCGCCAUGGUGGGCAACGGCACCAUCAGCUACGACCACGAGCGGGACGGCCGGCCCACCGAGCUGGGGGGUUGCAACGCCAUGGUGCGCAACCUGAAGCACGACACCUUCCUCUUCAUCCGAUACGUCCGGCGCAGGCUAACGGUGAUGAUCGACAUUGACGGACAACACGAGUGGCGGGACUGCCUGGAUCUGCCGGGCGUGCGGCUGCCCAAGGGCUUUUAUUUUGGCGCCACCGCAAUUACAGGAGACCUUUCAGACAACCAUGACAUCAUCUCACUGAAACUCUACCAACUGACGGUGUUGCGAAGCAAACAGGAAGAGGAAGACCAGGAGGAGGAAAUCACGAUACCCAGCGUGGAUAACAUGGAGCUGCUCAGAUUGGGUCGCACUGAGGAAGGAAUGAGCGGGUUGGCCAUUUUCUUCACGGUGCUCUUCUCCAUGCUGGGCUGCAUCUUCCUGGUGGUCGUCGGCCUGCUGCUCUACGGUCACUGGAACGAGAAUCGGCGCAAGCGGUUCUACUGAGAAGGAGGACGGGAGGUGGAUUAGGCUUUGGGGAGCAAAACUUAACUGCACUGAGUCCACCCUGCGGCUGACAGAAACCACUUCCUGGAGACGAAUCCUGACGCUGGACUUUAUGCUCCAUCUCUUCUGAGCAGCUACUUUUGAAGUCUUUUACUGUUGACUAGGGGUUCCUGAAACUUUUUUCCAAGAACCACCUCACAAUCCUUACACCGAUUAAACAUAACUACUGUGUAUCCCUGAAUGCCAGACAAAUUAAAAGUUGAUUUUUUUUUUAAAUUGCUAUGUGAAUAAAGUUGUAUUAGAAAUAAACACAAACAUUUUAUAC